AUGUCGUCGAAGACACUUGCGCGACACGCCAGCCUCCAUGACACCUGCGAAGUUGCCGAGAAAGAGCGCCGUCAAACAUACUACGAAGAUGAGAGCCAGCGGGAACUGUCAGCCUGUGAAGAACCGGCCGGGCACGUCAACGCCAUGACCGGCUUCGACAAGCCUCCUAUAGGACUAGAAUCUCGAAUCAGUGGAGCUUCAACCCGCGAAGAACCAGUCGCGGACGUCGAAACCAUGACCAGCUCCGAGAAGCUUCCUGGCGGAAUGGAACCUGGAGUCGGUGGAGCUUCUACUGACAAGACACCAGCAUCAAAAACUAAACAAGCCGAACCCAAGAAGAGCGAGCCGAUCGCUUCGACCGAUUAUCACGUGAUCACCCUGUCCGAGGAGCAAUACACGCACCUGCUGCAGUCACACAGCUGGCCGAACCAAUCCAAGUCAAUCAUCAGCAUACAUCAGGAGAAGAAGACCAAGCCAUCGUGCAAAUCUUCGGGCGGCCAGGAGCCGCUGACUUCUCAGCCAACUUUGGCGCAGCAAACGAUGGCGCUGCAGACGCCGGCCCAGCAACUGCCGGCAGUGCAGACACCAGUAGUUCAAACAGCAGUACAGCAGACACCAGUGCCUAUUGUACCAGCACAAUACGUACCGGGGCAGCAAACCACCACCGUGCUGGCGGCGACAGAAGUGCCGACUAUGCUGACGCCCAUUUUUCGCUGGAUCAUCGAGCACGACCAACGGAAGCUGUCGGGCAGCGGCGGCACAGAAGAGGUGGUCACGGAACUUAUUCUUCCGGCCGCAGCCCGCAAACUAACGCACAAUAGCGUUACGGCCAAGCCGGCCUCUCCGAGAGCUGCUAGGAAGAAUCUGGCCCAGGCCGAAGCCAAAGAGAGCGAGCUGAGUGCCUCGACCGAGUCUCACGGGAUCACCCUCUCGGAAGAGCAGUACACAAGCUUGCUGCAGUCACUCAACUUGCCGAUCCACUCCAAGCCAUUCACCAGCACCCAGCUGGAGAAGGAGGCCGAGCCACCGGGCAGAUGUUCGGGCGGGCAUCAGUUGCAGACUCCUCAGCCGACUGAGCCGCAGCACACGAUGGCACAGCAAAUGCCAGCAGUACAGACGCUAGUGAUGCAGCAGACACCGCUGCCUAUUGUACCGGCACAACAGACACCGGAGCAGCAAACCACCACCAUGCUGGCGGGGACAAAAAUGCCGACUCCCAUGUCUCGCUGUAUCAUCGAACACGACCAAUGGACGCCGUCGGGCAGCGGCGGCACAGAAGAGGUGAUCACAGCACUUGUUCUUCCGGCCGCAGCCCGCAAACUAACGCACGAUAGCGUUCCGGCGAAGCCGGCCUCUCCGGGAGCUGCCAGGGAGAAUCUGGUCCAGGCCGAAGCCAAGGAGAGCGAGCUGAGUGCCUCGAGCGAGUCUCACGGGAUCACCCUCUCGGAGGAGCAGUACACAAGCAUGCUGCAGUCACUCAACUUGCUGAUCCACUCCAAGCCAAUCACCAGCACCCAGCUGGAGAAGAAGGCCGAGCCACCGUGCAGAUUUUCGGGCGGGCAUCAGUUGCAGACUCCUCAGCCGACUGAGCCUCAGCACACGAUGGCACAGCAAAUGCCAGCAGUGCAGAUGCUAGUGAUGCAGCAGACACCGCUGCCUGUUGUGCCGGCACAACAGACACCGGGGCAGCAAACCACCACCGUGCUGGCGGCGACAGAAGUGCCGACUAUGCUGACGUCCACGUUUAGCUGGACCAUCGAGCACUACCAACGGCCACCGUCGGGCAGCGGCGGCACAGAAGAGGUGAUCACGGCACUAGCUUUCCCAGCCGCCACCCGCAAACUGACGUAUGACAGCGUUCAGAUGACGCCGGCCUCUGCGGGUGCUGCCGAGGAGAGCCCUGUCUUCAGCGUAACGGCUGCGUGA